CAAAGAGACCUUUCCUACAGUUCAAGUCCGAAUUUAGCAGAACUGUAAUAAUCCAAUUCCCAACGCCCUUCCACGCCAUCGGAACGAAUCUUCGAAUCAAUCAAUAUGGACGCCGAACAAGCCCAAGUCGACAUCUCGAAGCUCAGCGAUGCGGACAAGAAAGAAUUGAACCAGAUUCUGACCAACGAAGCGCAAAAGUCUAGUAUCCAGCAGACUGUUCAUCACCUUGCCGACGUUUGCUGGAAGAAAUGCGUUACUGGGAAGAUCACCGCUGGUCGUCUGGACAAGUCCGAAGAGAGCUGUGCACAGAACUGUGUUGAGAGAUGGAUGGAUACAAACCUGGCGGUCCUGAAGCACCUGGAGACGCUUCGUGGCCAGUGAGUUAGUCAUGUAUAAUAGAUAUCAAUUAGAAGUAGUUACAGCUAUAGCUGGAACUCGGGAAAAAUAAUUACAGAUAUUGGGAAGGG